UUUUAAUAUUCCAUUUUCGAUUUCACAGACCACGCAAAAUAUUAACGUUUUACUUAUAAAUGAAGAAAAUAACGCACUGGCUGAAAAAGCUUUUGAAGUAGCUAAAGAGUAUGUAAGGCGUAACCCUAGUCUUGGUCUUGCUGUCGAUCCUGUUAUAGUGGUGGGAAAUCGCUCUGACGCCAAGGCAUUUUUAGAAAAUGUUUGCAGAAAAUAUAACGACAUGUUGUCGGCAAAGAAAACGCCACACGUCGUGUUAGAUUUUACCAUGACCGGAGUUGGUUCCGAAACUAUUAAAUCGUUUACCGCGGCAUUGGCACUGCCAACUAUUUCUGGAUCUUUCGGACAAGCAGGUGAUUUAAGGCAAUGGCGUACUCUUUCAACAAACCAAACUAAAUAUCUCUUGCAAAUCAUGCCACCUGCAGAUAUUCUACCAGAAUCAAUUAGAGCGAUUGUUAUCAAACAAGAUAUUACAAAUGCUGCCAUUAUUUUUGAUGAAUACUUCGUUAUGGAUCACAAAUACAAAUCUCUGCUACAAAACAUCCCAACUCGUCAUGUGAUUACCCCAGUAAAAAGUUUCAGUAAGGAUGAAAUAAAGACUCAACUAAGAAGUUUACGAGAACUCGAUAUAGUUAAUUUCUUUAUCAUCGGCGGUUUGAGGACCAUAAAGAACGUUCUAGAUGCAGCUAACGAGAACCAAUACUUCGGCAGAAAAACUGCGUGGUUUGCCUUGUCUUUAGACAAAGGAGAUAUAGGUUGUGGAUGUAAAGACGCCACUAUUGUCUAUAUGAGACCAACGCCUGAUGUUAAAAGUAGGGAUCGCUUAGGAAAAAUUAAAACUACAUACAGCAUGAAUGGGGAGCCUGAAAUCACGUCUGCCUUUUAUUUCGACCUUUCCCUGCGAACAUUUUUAGCAAUCAAAUCGAUGCUGGACUCUGGCAAGUGGCCAAAUGAUAUGAAAUAUAUCAAUUGCGACGAUUAUGAUGGUAAGAAUACUCCAAACAGAAUCUUGGAUCUUAAAACUGCAUUCCAAGAGGUAAAAGAAACGCCUACCUAUGCUCCCUUUUAUAUUCCGGAAGAUGACCCUAUGAACGGUAGAAGUUUCAUGGAAUUUAGCACAGAUUUAACAGCGGUUACUAUUAAAGAUGGAGCAUCCAUCGGAAGUAGGUCUUUAGGUUCAUGGAAAGCUGGGCUGUUAAAUCCAUUAUCUUUAACAGACCCUGAUAAUAUGAGUGAUUAUUCAGCACAGCUUGUGUACAGAAUUAUAACAGUUGAGCAACAACCAUUUAUUAUAAGAGAUGACGAAUCACCGAAAGGUUUUAAAGGUUAUUGUAUUGACCUGAUCGAGGAAAUUCGACAAAUUGUUAAAUUUGAUUAUGAAAUAUCACUGUCGCCGGAUGGUAAUUUUGGUACUAUGGAUGAAAAUGGAAAUUGGAAUGGGAUAAUAAAAGAAUUGAUCGAAAAAAGGGCUGAUAUCGGGCUUACAUCAUUAUCAGUGAUGGCAGAAAGAGAAAAUGUGGUUGAUUUUACUGUACCAUAUUACGAUUUGGUUGGAAUAACAAUUCUAAUGAAGCUACCAAUUACACCUACGUCAUUGUUCAAGUUUCUCACUGUUUUGGAAAACGAUGUCUGGCUGUCUAUUUUAGCGGCAUAUUUUUUUACGAGUUUUCUUAUGUGGAUAUUUGAUAAAUGGAGUCCUUAUAGUUACCAAAACAAUCGCGAAAAAUAUAGAGAUGACGAAGAAAAGCGAGAGUUUACACUGAAGGAGUGUCUCUGGUUCUGUAUGACGUCACUAACCCCACAGGGAGGCGGGGAAGCUCCGAAGAACCUCUCCGGAAGACUGCUUGCUGCUACUUGGUGGCUUUUUGGCUUCAUCAUAAUAGCAUCUUACACAGCAAAUCUAGCGGCUUUCCUAACUGUUUCCCGCCUGGACACUCCUAUUGAAUCUUUAGACGACCUCUCGAAACAGUAUAAGAUACAGUACGCGCCGUUAAACGGUUCGUCAGCUAUGACGUAUUUCGAGAGGAUGGCCAACAUUGAAGUAAAAUUUUACGAGAUAUGGAAAGAAAUGAGUCUAAACGAUAGCUUAAGUGAUGUAGAGCGUGCAAAGCUCGCAGUUUGGGAUUACCCUGUAAGUGAUAAAUACAGUAAAAUGUGGCAAGCCAUGAAAGAAGCCGGUCUUCCGAAUUCUAUAGAAGAAGCGAUAGAACGCGUCAGAGCAUCGAAGAGUUCCAGCGAAGGUUUCGCUUGGCUGGGAGACGCCACAGACGUAAGAUACCACGUUUUGACGAGCUGCGAUCUACAAAUGGUUGGUGAUGAAUUUUCUAGAAAGCCAUAUGCUAUAGCUGUUCAGCAAGGUUCACCGCUUAAAGACCAGUUUAACAACGCGAUUCUGCAGCUCCUCAACAAGCGUAAACUGGAAAAGUUGAAAGAGAAUUGGUGGAAUAAUAAUCCAAAAGCCAUAAAAUGCGAGAAACAAGAUGACCAAUCAGACGGCAUCUCAAUUCAGAACAUCGGCGGGGUUUUUAUUGUGAUUUUCAUGGGUAUUGGUUUGGCUUGUGUGACAUUGGGCGUGGAGUAUUGGUGGUACAAGUGGAGAAAACGGCCAACUGUUGGUGAUGUGACUCAGGUUGAACCAGCGAAGUCUGUCCGAAACAAAGUCGGAUUCAAGCAACAAGGAGAAAUAUUCAAUUUUAGAUCUAGGAAUUUAGGUCUCGCUAAUUUAAAGGCUAAAUUUUAAGAGUGUGAAAAUUAACAAAAAUAUUUUUCCAUUUCAAAAGAACCUGUACAGUAAAUAGGUUGAAUUAAAUAUAAUU